GAUAUGGAUAAUGAAGUAAAUGAAUUAAAUUGUUUUAUUGACAAUGUAUUUUAUUCGUUUUUUUAUUUUAAAGCAUGUUAUUGUUAAAGCAAAUCAUUAAACUUUAUUAUCAUUAUAUUUAUCAUCACACCACUGAAACAAUAUUGUUCAAGUUUAAAUAUAAAUGUCCAGUAUUGAUAAGUAUUGUAAGUGGAAGCCCAUAUUGAACAAGAAACAUUCGACACUUGAAUAAUGGAUAAAGAUAUUUCAGACGAGUUUAUAAUAAAAACAGAAGAAACAGAAUACGAACCUAACGAAAAAGGACUAGGUCAUGAACUAUUUCAUUGCAUGGUUAAGAAUGGAAGAAAAAUUGCCCAAUACAUAGAGGAAACUGAAGAAAUUGAUUUCUACGACUCCCUUCUACAAAGAUGUAUUAGAACUGCCAUAACUUUACUAACAAAAGGAGUAACACAAGACGAUAUUAUUACGAUAUGUAGUGAAAAUCAUGUUAAUACAUGUGUACCAUUUAUAGCUACACAAUUCAUCGGUGCUAAAGUGGCAUCAUUAGAUGUUUCCCUGUCAAGUACAGAAAUAGCACAUUUACUUAAACAAGUAAAUCCAAAAAUAAUAUUUGUAUCUGAAAAAUCAAUCAAUUUAAUUGAGAAAGCUUUGUAUGAAACAAAAAUUAACACUGAAUUAGUCGUUUUUGGAGUUUCAAAUAAAUACUGUCAAUUCACAGAAUAUUUAAAGAAGCAAAAGAAUGAGAGUUACUUCAAACCAAGCCCAAUAAAAAACAAUAAACAAACUGCAAUUAUAUUCUUCAGCAGUGGUACUACUGGAUUACCUAAAGGAAUUUGUAUAAGUCAUUACAGUAGAAUGAAACAGGUGGUAAAUCAAAUAAAAUUAUGGAACUACGGAGAUACAUGUAAUUUAAGUAAUUACUAUUUUAAACCACAAGUUGUAUCGGAUGGAUGCUUAUUAAAUUAUGCUGGUUUAUACUGGAUCUCUAGUGUGGGUGUCCUAAUAAGAGCUGUAUUUACUGGACAGGCUAGAAUGGUUUGUGAAAAUUUUGAUGAAAAUAAAUUUUGGCAUACUUUAGAGAAAUAUAAGAUUUCAAGCUUGUUUAUAACCCCUGUUGAUUUCAAUAAACUGAGGAUGAUCAAAAAGCCUAUAGUUGAUCUUUCAAACUUGAAAGUUGUUCUAACAGGCAGUUGUCCCAUUUCUGAAACGAUGAUGAUAACAUUGAAAGAUUAUUUUCCUAACACUGUUAUAAUUCAUGCAUACGGACAAACUGAAUGUGGUGGUCUUUUAAGUUCUUUUGAUGUGAAUAAUAAAUUGGAUCUACUAGGACAACUUAAACAUCCUUUAUCAUGUGGAAAACCAGUUCCUGGAAUUUGGUAUAAAGUAGUAGACCUGGAUACCGAAGAAACAUUGGGUCCUAAUCAAAAGGGUGAAUUGAGGUACAAAACCAAGUAUGCAAUGAAUGGCUAUUACAACUUAGAUUCAUCAUCAGCUUACGACAAUAAUGGUUGGUUGAAGUCGGGAGAUAUAGUAAUAUACGACGAAAAUCAGUACUUUUACGUAGUAGAUCGGGUGAAAGAAAUGCUAAAAUAUCAAGGAUGGCAUGUAGCACCAGCGUAUUUGGAAGGCAUUCUUGAAAGUCAUCAACUAAUAAGAGAAGCUGCGGUUAUUGGGUUACCUCAUGAGCACGACGGAGACCAUCCAAUGGCUCUUAUCGUUUUAAAAAAUAAAGACUCACUUUUAAGUGAACGUGAUGUUGAAACAUUUUUGGAAGGAAAAAUUUCAGAUAAGCAGAAAUUACGAGGAGGUAUUAAAUUUAUUAAUGAUAUACCGAGAACUUCAGUGGGAAAAAUAAGAAGAUUACAUUUGAAACAAAUGGUACUAAACAAUGAAAUUUGAUCAAUAUUAUCAACACACAAAAGUUGUAUAAGAUAGAUACAGUUGUAUAUACUUACAGUUCAACGUAAUAAAUUUUUUUCAUAAUUAUACAGUAUCAUAAACUA